AUGAUUCGGAAAUACCGAUACACUUUGGGAAUUCGACUAGGAAGGAUAAUAGAAAGUGACCUUGAACUCUUUUCUAACAUUUUCGUACAAAGCUCUUUUGUGAUCCUUGGCUACCAUGAAAGUUCACCUCAAGGGAUACCCUCUGUAAUGGCUCCUGCGAGAAGGAAGAUAUCUCGGGACAACAAGGAGAACAUCGCCGUGGAACUCGACUUGUGUUCAUUGUCCAUCGACAUUUCUGCGGAUAUUCUGCCCGAGGAAAACUACCCAUGCUCUCCUUUGAUUGACCCAUUCUGCCACCUACACACACUAUUCCGUGACUCAGAAGUCAGAUCGAAUAGAUGUGGCCACCCCAAGGACGGCAAGGGUCUCAAACUCAAGCUCUAUGAUGAUAAAAUGGUUGAGAUCAUCUCUCUUGGCCAAACUAUAUCAUGCGCGCGCGGCAUCGUCAGUCGAAACACCUGCGUAAUCGAGGCGACAUCCGAACGCGAAGGGUGGAAAGGUAAAGAACUCAUCGUCAAGAUCAGCUGGCCGGCCAUCAAUCGAGAAUCAGAGGCACACUUGGUCCAAAAAGCCAGAGAUAAGGCGCGAAUGAUGACGCACGGGAAGAAGCCAAACUGGGCCCUAGACCAUCUGCCUGACAUUCUCCUUUCUCAAGACUUUGACUACGACGCGGAUUCUACACAGAUGAAACUCAUGGCUUUCUUCGAAAAGGCCUUGUUGGUAGAGGAGAGGAAGGUCGAGUACGAGAAGCGCGUCUGUCGAGUCACGGUCCAGGAGAGGUUGUAUCCUCUCGAGGACCUGAAGACGGUCAAGGAGCAUGCUCAAGUCUUUUUCGACAUUUUGCAAAUUCACAAGUGGGUCUAUGAUCACCCGAGGAUCAUUCACCGGGACAUUAGUCCAGGGAAUAUCAUGUGGCGCCACAAUGCCAAAGGCGACCUAUGUGGGGUCCUCAACGACUUCGACCUGUCCACUCGUCUACAUGCCACUGGCCCUUCUUCGGUUCAGCGUACCGGAACUCUACCUUACAUGGCGUAUGAACUUCUUAUCAGCGACGAGAACGGAAACCCACCGCAGCACCUCUAUCGACAUGAUAUAGAGUCCAUCUUCUAUGUCAUUCUCCUACGAUGUUGUCGUUACGAUUUUGUGACUACAUUGGAACACGUAAUUCCGCAGCGCAUUAAAGUCCCUUCCCGCUUCGAUGAGUGGUGCACGACCGACCGCGAGCCCUUGAAUGAUAAGAAAGGGAAUUUUUGGUUCAGAGAUUCCCGACCCAUUGUGAAUAAGGGUUUCACUGACUUUGAACCGUGGCUCAGGGACCUUUACCGACAGUUCAUGCUGGGGUUUGCGUUCAAAAGACUUGAAGAAGGGGGGAAAGAACCCUUUGAUGAUCAAACCUUACAAGGCCAAGUUUCUUACCCGACCAUUGUCAAUAUUUGUCGCCAAUUCGGAGGUUCGAACCUUGAAAUACACAACGAUCAGCUCCAAGAGGAAUCCUAG